AUGUCUAAGGAAGUCAAUCCACUAAAGACCGAACCAAAGAUGAGGUUUGGUGAGCCGAUGCGUGUUCCUGUAUCUCGACAUGCGCAGAUGCCUCAGCGCGUCAUGGGAGUCUCAAACGGACCUCAAAGACUGCAGCAACCAGCAACUCAUCCAAAACCUGUAUCUCAGAUCUCUGCAGUCGUGAAGACAACCUCUGCUAAUUUGGAAAAUACUAAACCAGUUCAUCAGAAUGUACAACAAAAGACACAAACUCACCCACCAAAAACACAGGAGCCAAAGACUAAGGCAGAGCGGCAAAAGACUGUAUCUGUAACUGGUCCUUCAAAAACUGAAAAGGCACUAAGUAAACCCACAAAAGGGCUGAAAAAGCCGUGGAGCCUGGAGGACUUUGAGAUUGGGCGGCCGCUUGGAAAAGGAAAGUUUGGCAAUGUCUACCUGGCCAGAGAGCGACAGAGCAUGUUUAUCUCUGCUUUGAAAGUCCUCUUUAAGAAGCAGCUGGAGAAGGCCGGUGUAGAACAUCAGCUGAGGAGGGAAGUGGAGAUACAGUCUCAUUUAAGACAUCCCAAUAUCCUGCGUCUUUACGGCUACUUCCACGAUGCCUCUCGAGUGUACCUCAUUCUGGAGUUUGCUCCUAAAGGGCAACUCUAUUGUGAGCUACAGCGAUGUGGACGGUUUUCUGAAGAUCGAAGUGCCACUUACAUCAUGGAACUGGCAGAUGCCCUAAAAUAUUGCCACUCAAAGAAUGUGAUUCAUCGAGAUAUUAAACCAGAAAACCUACUCCUCGGGGCCAAUGGAGAGCUGAAAAUUGCAGACUUUGGCUGGUCUGUUCAUGCGCCUUCUGCAAGGAGAUCCACUCUAUGUGGAACCCUAGAUUAUCUUCCUCCAGAAAUGAUUGAAGGAAAACCUCACGACCAAAAUGUUGACUUGUGGAGUCUGGGCGUCCUCUGUUAUGAAUUCCUUGUCGGACAACCUCCAUUCGAGGCAAAGACUCAUGAUGAGACUUAUCGAAGAAUAUCGAGGGUGGAAUACUCUUACCCGCCACAGUACACUUUCAGCGAGGGAGCCAAAGACCUUGUUUCCAAACUACUGAAGCACAACCCUUUGCACCGAUUGCCCAUCCAGGGAGUUCUCACUCACCCCUGGGUCACAGAAAAUUCCACCAAGAAGCCCACCACUCUAAAGGAGGAACCGUCCAGCUAA